AUGCUCCCAUUCCUCAUCUACUGCCUAGCCGUCGGGGCAGUUGCUGUUCCUAAGAUCAAUAUCAUCCUGGCCCUGAUGUGUCUCAAGAGUCGGCCGGGAGAUACAGACCGGAAUUGGAAAAAUAUCAGCAGAGGUGAAAUUUGUACUGAUCCGACUGUUUACGCUGAAAUGGGCUGGUUUGUAGGUUGUGGGAACCUGCUCUCCGGCAUUUUGUGUGCUGUCAGCAGUCCUUGUCUAGGAGCAUGGUCUGACCGCUAUGGACGCAAACCUUUCAUCGCCUUCAGUGCUCUGGGGAUGUUUUGCGGUGACGUUAUUUCCGUGGUGGCUGCGUGGUUCCCGAACAGGAUAUCCGUGUAUUGGAUUUUGCUGGAGUUUGUCAUCGGUGGACUAACUGGCGCAUUCCUCACCAUCAUUGCACUAACCCAGUCGUAUAUCACAGACAUCACGCCGGCCGAGAAAAGGGCAAAGGUCUUCUCGUUGCUGCAUGCAUACCUCUGUCUAGGACUAGCUUUGGGACCUGCCGCGGGAGCAUUCCUCGUUCGAAUGAUCCACAAUGGAGACAUGCUGUCUGUCUUUUACGUUGCCGGGGCGUGCCAUGCUCUGUUUAUCUCAUAUGUCCUUGUGGGCAUUCCAGAAUCUUUGCCGGCGCCUUCAAUUCAGCCGGGAGAUAAACCUUCGUUCCCGGAUACCUGGCCGGUCAGCAGGAAGCUCAAAAACGUCUUUCUCUGUCGCAUGAUGCCGCUCUCAGUUCUCGGGUCUUUGCCACUGACUGCCUUGGCUGGUGCUCAGAAUAACCUUGCAACCCUUGCAGCUAUUGAUGCUCUCUCAUUCGGUGUACAGAUUGGUCUUCCGGCUUUGCUGGUACUCUUGUCAGAGUACCACCUCCAAUGGACAAACUUAGAAGCGAACCUAUUCAUCUCCGCGACCAACAUGACACGUGCAACUAUCUUAGCGAUCUUUCUCCCCACAGCAAUCAAGUUGAUGAGCUCUACUUCUUCGAAGCCAGGACCGUCGGUGAAAGCACCACCAUCGUCCCCCAGUCUUCUGAGGCUCAGCAUGAGAAUCAUUCGGCCAUGUAUACUGCUGGUAGAUCUCUCUAAUAUCGGCUUCGUUAUUUCCAGGACUUCACUCCCAUUCACCCUGUCCGGGAUAGCUUCUGCCGCUGGCGCUCCUGUUUCGCCUCUCGUACAAUCAUCCAUGACGAUCUACGUAACGCCGGAUAGGAUAGGAGAGCUCUUCGGCGCCAUCAGUCUCCUUCAUUCACUUUCCAGGGCACUUGUACCUGCACUGAUGCAGUUCGUAUACAGUCUGACACUCAGGACUGCACCUGAGGCUCUAUUCUUGGGGCUGGGUAUUCUAUUCGGUAUUGUAUUUCUGGUAACUUUUUAG